AUGCGUUUUGACGACCGCAGAAGGAAUCGUCGACGUUUCGAUAAUCUUGGACGUGAAGAAUCGCAAGUUGUCGAAAGUUAUGAACGUAGAAUUGAUGGAACACCUGAAACUGAGCCUCAGUAUCAACACUCUUACAACACCUACACAGAGAGACGUACAUACGGUCGUGAUGAAAACGGUGAAGUCAUUCUGAGAAUUGAACGAGAUCCCAAAGAUCCGGUUCGACCAGCCACUCCCGUACGACCGGUCACGCCAGUUGGAGAUGUCCCUCGUGAGAUGCAACCGAUACAGCCAUUUGAUACACUGCCACUGACUAUUCCCCGUAUCGACAUUCGUAAUACUACUUCAAGGGGGUCGAAUGGUCCACACAGCUACAACUCCUAUCAUCAUGAUCAGCGAAAACAACUAUCGCCCCAACACCAAAGUAUGCGAUCAGCACGCUCGGUACCUCCCCUCCACUAUCCCUCCCGGUUAACACCCCCCUUACCCUCAUCGCAUCACUCGAACGUUGCAUUUGAUCAACAAUCCACUCGCAGCUAUGCAACAAUGCCAAUGAAGAAGGUGAUACGUAAAAGCCGUUGGGUUACGGUGCGUGACGGUCAACCGGUGAGUCCGUUCGUUGAGACGGUCACUUAUGAGCCGAAAUAUCCCACCUACGAUCGGUCGUAUCGUCAACACGCCGACAACAUCUAUCAGUAUCGUCAGUACGACGACGAUGGAGAACGUCCGUCACCUCAAUAUAUCCCCGAAAGAAGCAUACUGAAAAGUAGACAAGUGUCCUACUACGAUGAUAACUACAACGACGACACAUAUCGAAGAAUGCACAGUCAGUAUCCACAAUCCAGAUACGUCCCAGAAUGUGCUUACAUUGUCGAGAACCCACUCUAUAACGACUGA